AUGAAUGAAGAUAGCUGGGAGCCAGGAUUGGUUCCUGAACUUCCUGAACCUGGUGUCGAUCUGUAUCAAGAUAGUCGAGAAAAACGUGAUGGGACUGGCCAAACCUGGCAUACUCUUUCUUGGAUUUGGACAACAACGAAGAUCAACCUAGCAGAUGGGGCUGAUGAAAACAACGAUGAAGUGCUAUAUUUGGAAUGGUGUCACAGUCAUGCAAGAGCAUAUCAGGCACGUGAGGAAGUUUUACUCCUCUGGGAGGAAAUGCGCAGAACCUUGAAGUUCUUGGAAUGGCGAGGGGAGUGGUGGAUCGAUGGUGAUGCAGAUGAACAAGACAUCAGGAUUUGGAGUGAUGAGGAGGAGGUGGAGCUGGAUGAGGAGGAUUAUGUGGAUCUCUGA